UUGUGAAAAGAAAAAUAUUGAGAAAUUGAGAAAAGAAAAGGCCCUGCAAGGUGAAUCCGGGGUUUACGCCAAGCUACAGCGCAACAAAGGAAAAUUGGAGGGCAACACAGACCAACCGAUGAUGAUUAUCAAGUUUGCAUGCGUUCGCUAAGUUUCCUGUGCGUAAGCACUGUGCAAGCGAAGGACACAACUCGUAUCAACCAAGCGAAAAUUGACCCUACGAAGUUACAACUGCGUCACUGGCAUACGACGAGUGUAAAAGCGACCACCUCGAAGCGCAACAUUUAAAAGCAGGAACGUGAAGGAAUUACGCAAAGCGCGGGUUGGUGUAGCGGUGGUAGAGGUUCCGCGAUGAGAAGCUCGGCUGAUACCGUGGUCAGCUGGGUACGACAGCCACAGCUACUGGUGGUACCGAUAGUGCUAACGGUGCUGAUUUCCAGCCUGAUCCCAGGCUGCAGCGUUGUUGCCACAGCGAUAGCCGAUCCGGCUGAACGGCCCGUCCUGAUCGUCGUGUCGUACGAUGCGUUCCGUACCGAAUAUCUGCAACGGAACACGACGGCCUUUAUGAACGAGCUGCGGCGAAACGGUACCACCAGCGCCUAUCUGCGUAACGUUUUCCCGACCAAAACCUUCCCGAACCAUCACAGCAUCGCAACCGGUGUCUAUCCGAACAUGCAUGGUGUGCUGGCCAACGGGCUGUACGAUUCGCAGCGCGGUGGCUCCCUCAAUUACUCUUACGAGCUGUUCCACUACAACCGGAACCUCUUACCGAUCUGGUCUCUGAACGAGUACAGCGGCGGCCACAGCGGAUGCAUGAUGUGGCCAGGAUCGGACUACGGAUAUGGGCCGCACAAUCUUACCUGCAGUCACACGCAACGUUUCAACUUAUCGGUGCCGUGGGAGGAACGACUGAACACCGUGUUCCGGUGGAUACGUGAUGCUGAACGACCCGCAAACCUUAUCAUGCUGUACAUCGAGGAACCGGACUACUAUGGGCACGUGUACGGGCCCGAAUCGGAUCGGAUUGCUGCCCUGGUGACGCAACUGAACGAGCUGACCCGCCAACUGCACGCUCAGAUUGCAGCUCAGCGGCUACGAUCACGCAUCAACGUCAUUCACCUGAGCGACCACGGCAUGGACUCGGUGACGCCACGGAACUUCAUCAACCUGACCGGUUUCGUGCCGAGUGAGCUGCGCUACGAUGUGUACGGUACGACACCGGUCUUGCAGAUCGUGCCCAAGGUGAAACAACAGACCGCGGAUCUCUAUCGGGUGCUGAAAAAUGCGGCCGACAAGGACGGCCGUUUCGAGGUGUAUACGCUGGAAAAUCUGCCCACCCGCUGGCACUACAACAACUCUCAGCGCACCGGUCCCAUUACAGCCGUGGCCCGGCUCGGUUAUGGUUUCGAUGAUAUGUGGCGUACCGUGGACUACUAUCAACGCCAAUUCGGUGUCGUUGUAACGCCGGAUACGCGGUAUGGUGUGCACGGCUACGAUAACGCGCUGCCGAUCAUGAACCCGAUCUUCUUCGCGUACGGUCCCCGAAUCCGCAGGCAGCUAGUGGUCGAACCGUUCGAUACGGUAGAUCUUUACUAUCUGUUCUGCGGCAUUCUCGACCUCACACCCCCAUCUUAUCUUGCCGGCAACCUAAACCAUGUGCAGCACAUUUUACGCAAUGGUUCACACGAUGACGACGACGACGACGACGACAAUGGUAACGACGAUAGCGGGGGUGACGAUCCGUGGAGCAGUUCGCGAGCGAAAACGUUAGCAGUCAUCUUUACCGGCAGCUUGUUGGGUUCGUUCGCGCUCGUCAGUUUGCUGGCGCUCGGUGUGCUGUAUCAGCGUCGGCGGCGUCGCGAGAAUCUGGUGCCACCGUACUUGUACGAGGAAACAGAAACGUUUAUCGAUGAGGGCAACAAACUACUGCACACCAGCACCACCAACUCCUCUAUCAACGGCGAUGUCGUGUCGGUGGAUGUUUGAACAUCCCUUAGCCAUUACGUACUCCUAGCCUCCCUCCUUUCUAUCCCUUAAUCAUUUCCGAGCAUGGGUUUUCCCGGCUGUUGAUGUUUGAUGUUGUACAUACAACGCCGUCGGCCACCGGUUGUGCUAAUGCUGCAAAUGGAACGGAGCAUUCAGUACAAGCAAACGUGAUACACGAGUGGUGCGAUUGAAGAGGCAGAGACAACCGUAAAAUGUCGUGUGGAUUGCGAAAAAAAAAAGAUUGUACUUUCUCCAGCGCCACCAUCGAAUGUAAUGAAAUAAGACAGCUAGUCUACACUCAGUUGUGAAGCGAUCCAGUGCCGCACAUUGUGUAUUUGGUGAAGGUGGUUUUUAGUUGUUUUUUUUUUUUUUAGAUCCUGCACGGAGUCUAGCCCCGACGCAUGCAAUACAAUAUGGCAGUAAAUAGUAUUUCAAUGGGGUUAGAAAUGCCCUCCGCCUAUUAUCACACAGCGGUGCAAGAAGCCUUAGUAAAUUGUACAUUAUCGUAUUCAUUAAUUCAUCUUUGGUUCGUCAAUAGACAACGAAACUGUUCAGUGGUGGCCGGUGUGUUUCGGUGGCGAGGCAUGAGAAAAAAGAUACAAUCCAACCAAUCAAUUAAUUGUAGCACUUCCCUAAAGACAUGUUCUUCCUGUUCCGUGCUGUUCCAUGUGCUAAAGAGAGCUAAAGAAAGAGAAGCAGAGAGUGUGUAGGAAGGGAGUAAAUGAAACGUACGAGGGAGUGCCCCAAACUGUUCUUAAGCAUAAUGUAAGCUAUCUCUAUUGUGAUAUUUUUCUAUGAAGAUGUCCUGAGGGGCACUUAGUGAGAAGCAGUCCGAACGAGCGGGCAGCAACCUCGUGGCAGCAGACGGGCUGGCUGGUCAGCCAAACAACCAGUGGCCAUAAGCUGCCUGUGCGGCCGCGCAGAUUACGUCUAUAUAUUGUUUAAACGGACAAGCAUAAUACCACACACCAUCCACACAAAGCCAAUGUCAAUCGAGUUAAACUUUCCGUUGGUCGCACGAGGGUACGAUGGCGAUGUCCAAACUAUUGCUUCCUACCGAAACCGGCGAGGAUGAACCGAACAAGUCGCCCUUUUAUACCGGGACAGAAACGAAUUCCGCGCAUCUGCGUGGGGGAUCGCAUCGGGAUCUCCCGACCAAAAUGGAACUAGAUAAAGUGACGUCUCUGUUGACUGUAUCACCCAGAACCUUGGCUCUCGAUGAUGGACUGCGCUGCGCUUCAAACUCACCCCAGCGGCCAAAGCCAUAAUUCUAGUUCACAGUAGCGGUUUAAGGGCGAGGAAAGGAAAUCGAUUUUUUAAUCACGUUCGAGCAUGCUUGCGUAGACCAACAGAGGCGAGACGCAAACGAUAAAACCAUUGUACCGCCCAGGUAGGGCAGGCCUACAUAUCCAGGAUGUGGCGUGCGGUGGUAGGGAACGCGAGCGGAUAGUCGAAGACAGCCACGAGUUAGUUUAUUCUUCACUCCUUACUUUUACUAUUCUGGUGAAACAGUUUUAAAAGAGAUUAAAGUUUUAGUAAAAAUCAA